GUCAUUUCCUCCUCCCUACAGACUGCAAGUGAAAUCGUGUUUACAUUUGCUAUUUGGCCUGAAAAACGGGGUCGUGUUCGUAAGAUUGACAGUUUUUAAAAUCAGACUGUGAAGAAAGCCUAAUUAUGACAAUGUUAGUUUUGUAAAUGCGUUUUGAGCAUUAUCGCAUAGGUUACUUUCGAUUACUACCUUGAAACUGAAACCAAAAUAAGAUCAGCGCAAUGGACAGGUAUUUACCAGCCAAAAAUACAAGAGGAUUAUUUCUACGAAAUCAAGAAUGUGUUUGCUUCUGAAAGCCCUGAGAAAAUUCCCCACCAGCUUAUGUCUCUUUUGGAAGUCUUUGACUGUUUUAAGAUCGAUAUCGCUGUGACUGGAGAGUCUGGUGCAGGAAAGUCUUCUCUUAUCAAUGCGUUCCUCGGAUUGAAUCCUGAUGAUGCAGGAGCUGCUCCAACUGGAGCUGUGGAAACCACAAAGGAAGCAACCAUGUAUCUGCAUCCAAAUCUCCCACACGUCAGACUGUGGGAUCUUCCUGGGAUGGGAACCCCUUCCUUUGGAUCCAAGAGUUAUGUAAAGACAAUGAACUUUGAGCUAUAUGACAUGUUCAUGGUUGUGAUAUCAGAGAGAGUCAGAGAAAACAACAUGCUGCUGGUUGAUGAAAUCGAGCAACAAAAGAAGCCGUAUUAUUUAAUAAGAACAAAAAUCGAUAACGAAAUACGAUCCCAGAGAAGGAAAAACAAAUUCUCUGAAAUGCAUGUAUUAGAUCAAAUGAGACGGGACUGUAAGAAAUAUCUGAAGGAGAAGAAACUGGACCCACAUGUGUUCCUAGUGUCAGCCAUUGACACACAAAAUUAUGAGUUACAGAAGCUCACAGACACUCUUAAGGAUGAGGUUUCUCAACUCAAAGUAGAGGUAUUUUCAAGUUUCCUAGACAAUAUUUUAAAUGGAGGAUGGAUAAAAGCUAGGUAUGCUACAAAUCACAUCCAACAGACUAGGAAACUUCAAGCUGAGGACAUAACAACAUUGCAAAAUAUGUAUAAGCACACAGGUUUUGGAGCUGCGAAAGUCAGUGUUGUACUGCAGGCUUUGAGUCACUUUCAGCUAGAUGUUGCAGUUUUGGGUGAGACAGGCUCUGGAGCAUCAACUUUUGUAAAUGCCUUAAUUGGGCUGGAGAAUGAAGAGUGUGGUGCAGCUUCAGCGUCCAUCAGCAACCCAGCAAUGAGUCUGAGAUACCCAGAUGUACGGUUCUGGGACAUAUCUGGCAUAGAGGGAGUCAUGGAUUACUCGAUUAAUGAAAUGAAAGAAGUCCUGAAUUGUUAUGACUUCUUUAUCAUCAUAGUAUCAGACUGGCAGAAAGCUCGCCAUUUAACACUAGCUAAAGCAGUUGAAGAAAUAAGGAAGCAUUACCUCUUAGUCCAGACCAAAGUAGGACUAUCAUUUACAGACUCAAAGUGAGUUGUGCUGUGAUGAAACUGAGAUACUUGAUGGGCUUCGGGCACAAUUUACCCAGGAGCUUCAGAUGGGAAAACUUCCUGAAGAACAGAUUUUUCUCAUCAACAGCCUAGACAGGUGUGCAUUUGACUUUGUAGCUUUGGAAAGUGCACUCUCCAGUGACCUCAACACUGUCAGGACAAGUGCUUUUGCACAUUAUAUAGCAAACACAGUAAAGGGACAUAAAUAAUACUUAAUAAAACAUAGAAGUUUAAGAUAGAUUGCAGCAGUAAACUGCUUUAAAAUGACUUGAUUUCAGUUUAAUUUACAAUUAAAUAUUUAAGCGUACUAAUAUAAAUUCUGUUUAAAACGGGUGUGCAAUAAUAUAUUUAUUGAUUAAGCAAAUAAUGUUUGAUUGUUUAAUAUGCUGUAUAAUUCUGUCUGUGACAGAUAAGAUUAUUUUGAAGCAUGAAUAAAAUGCUAGAGAGGUACAGUACCAUAUUUUAAUAGUCCUAAUUAAUGAAAAAAAAAAAGAUAUUCAGUUGGGAAACAGAAAAUUAUUUGUAGAAGUUGGUCUGCAGUAAAAAUAUGUGAACUGUUGAUCUCAAUAUACUAUUUUAGUGAAUGCUUGUAAUAUGCAGAUU